CCAGAACGGGCAUUCCAACGUCGUCACAACGCACCAAACGAUCCCCGACGAGUACAAACGAUACGAGGCAUCGAUAAAUCGAAUUCCCGACCGAACAAGCGACGCGACGUCUGAUGGGAACGGGGGCAGCAGUGUUGGAGUGAGGAGGCGACCGCUUGCUCACCUCGAGCAGGCCUCCUCAUCGUCCCACCACCACCUGCGACCGGCGCGCGACUCACCGCCGCCAUCAUGGCCUACCAGAUGUCGCCGCCGGCCCAGCAGCCUCUCAAGCCGCCCCCACAGCCGUAUGCGCCAUAUCAAGGCGCUGGUAGUCCGGGAGCGCAGUCACCUUUCGCGCAGCCGCCGGCCAAGCGACCGCGACUAUCGCCAGACCCUCGAUCACCCGCCGGCGGGAAUGCCAUGUAUGCGCAAUCGCCGAUGCAAUAUUCAAAUCCAUAUGGACCGCAGUCAGCCUCGCCUCUGCCAUACAGUCCACAGUCGUACGCUGGUUCUCCGCAUAGCUCUUUCAAUACGCCGCAACCCUACUCGCCGCAAGUACAAUGGCCAGCGCCUCCGCAGCAGCCUCAGCAAAGGCCGUCACAGAUAAGUCCGCCUCCUCCGUCAAGCUCGAACUCCAUGCCUCCUCCGCCGAGGCCCAACAAGGAAGACAAGGAUGAGCGCAUGGGCGUGGAGGACAUCGGCGACAGUCUGUUCGGCAGUGGUAUCAACCUGAAAGACGAGGAGAAUUAUCUGCACAGCACGUGGAACAAUAGGCAUUCGCAAAAUGAGAGCUUCAACACGAACCAGACGACAUCGUUUGGUUCGAGUACGAUGAGCCCAAACAACAGCUUCAACCUGCUGACUCAAGGCACAUCAUUUGGUAGUGCAGGACAGCAUGGCGCGUUUGCAGGGUCGAUGGGCCAGCCACGAUCGCAGGAGGAUAUCGAGAAUGAGCUGAAGAGGAAGCGCGAGCAUGCCGCUCGAAAAAGAGCCGAGAAGGACCAGUUCCAUCUCAACAAUCAGUUUCUCUUGACGAACUGUCUACGGCAUCGCAUGCACCAACGAGCCGCUCAGGAAAGUGUCCGUCUGAAUGUCGAGGGUGUCUACGUCAGGAAUCCAGAACCGGACCGAGUACAGACGAUGGUUAAUGCAAAUGGUUCAGAAGGCAUUGUUGCAGUCAGUAAGCCGGAGGCAAUGAUUGAGCAGGGUUCUGUCUAUGAACACAUUUUAACACUCGUGAGCUUGGCAUCAGCCGAAAGACUGAGAGGCUUGGUCGACGAGGCAUAUGGUUUAGCACGCGCCCGAAGGCACGGCGACCAUGGGCGCGUCGUGCCACCAGACUUUGCCGACAUCGCGACUGGCGAGGGUCAGCAGAGCCAGGAGACAGUAAUUCCAGAGAGCGUCACUGCAUCGCAGUGGGAUAGACCCCGAGAAAACGGCACAGACACUGUCAACGGUACAUCACAUGCCAAUGGCGAGACUAGUACACCGACUCCGCAACCCCAGCCGACAAUCUCAUUCCAAGGCACACUCAACCAUCGACUACGUGAAGUAGCCGAACGUGAGCGACAAGCAGAGAAGGAGCGACAGAAGAAGCGCGAAGCUCGGAAAAGAAAGGCCGAGAACGCAGCCGAUGAGACUCCUGCAGCAACACCAGCAGAGGAGAAAUCUGCUGAGCCUCUUGCUACAGCGGCGCCCGCCAAGGUGUCCAAGAAGGAGCAGAGCAAGAAGGCCAAAGAAGCUCAGGCCAGCACUGAAGCACAAGCUUUCAACCAGUCCAAUCAGACUGCCGCCAUGAUGGCUCUUGGUGGAAAGAAGAACAGAUAUUCUUGGAUGAGUGGAGGUGCGGCAAACAUGCCCACCAACCGAUUUGCCAAGCCGAGCAGUGGCACAGCGACACCGAAAGCAGCUGAGCCAGUCAAAACCUCAAUAGAUGCCGUCAAGAAGGAUGAAGAAAAGAAGAAGCUACCGACUUGGGGCGAUUGGCGCGAGGAUGACAUCCACGGCAAGGGAAUCCAGCUGAGAGAUUGGAUACUUGUGCUGGAAAGGGACGGCCGGGAGAAGAAGGCCCUGCAGAAAGCUGUCAACAAGUUGUCUUAGAUAGACAUUUUCGGCAGUCGAUGGCAAUUUGGCCGUUUCCGAUGAUGGGGCAGGCUUUCUGCAUUCAAGUAUGUAUUGUUUUGCGAGAAUGAGACCCAGAGACUUGAGAUAUGGGAGGUACACUCUGGGAUAGCACUUCAGCGACGGCGUUCCUGGAGAGGCAAUUGGAGCACAGCAUUUUGAAGCUCCCUCGUUGUUGUGAGUCCAAAACCUGGUGGGAAAAGUGUG